AUGACCUUCAAUGACAAUAGCGAGCCAAUCCCGACGAAGAAGCCGUCCUCUUUUAUCAACAGCAGGGAUCAAUGCCACCUGCAUGACGUUCAGUCAGGAUUUGCAGCUUCUUUCCGUUCCAGUUCUCCUUUAGCGCAGGAGAUGUUGGCCCGAGACCUUGCUGCUUGCUCGGAUGAGGGCGAGAACUGCGCAAUUGACUCAGGAGCUGAGGAAGAAGAUGACGAAGACGUUAUGCCCGGUCCGACGCUGUACCGUCGGCCAAGCGGCAUUGCAUUUGGGGCUACCAGGCCUGCACUGGCAGGUCCAGGAGGGCUAGAUGAUCCGCCGGUGCUGACCCGUGCCGAGAGGGCGCGUAGUCGUGAUGCAGAGCGGUCAUUGUUGCGAGAUAACCAUCUCCUGCCGCCGAAACAUCCAUAUCAACCCCCAAGAGAAGGACUUCUUGGGUGGCUUCAGACGCUGUAUAAACGCGUGUUCAGCACAAAAGUUCCGUUGUCGGAUGAAGAAGCGCAACGGUCGUGUAUAGCUGUUGCCCCAUCCGAGACGUCUCCCCUGCUGGGACAACGUCGUCCCUCAGCAAAUGGAAGAGAUAAUUUGCAUGAUGGGGCCCUCAACGAGCAGUGGGAAGCUGCUGUCGCGGCCGGACAGAUCAAAACAACAUGGCAGAGGGAGGCGAAGACGAUUGCCACCUAUGCGCGGUCGCUCAUUGUCACUUUUCUGUUGCAGUACUCGCUCAAUGUAACGUCCAUUUUUGCUGUUGGAAAGCUUGGGACGCUCGAGCUCGGGGCUGUGUCACUGGCUUCUAUGACGGCGAGCAUUACGUGCUAUGCCCCAGUUCAGGGUCUCGCGACCAGCUUGGAUACGCUGUGUGCUCAAGCCUUUGGGUCUGGGCACAAGCACCUGGUGGGGCUGCAGAUGCAGAGAAUGAUAUACUUCUUGUUUCUGAUUUUGAUCCCCAUCUCAAUCGUUUGGCUUAACAUCGAGCCGAUUCUGGCAAGCAUGAUUCAGAAGGAGAGUGCGGCGCUUGCCGCAACGUACCUGCGGGUAAUCCUGCUUGGAACCCCUGGGUAUGCUUGCUUUGAAGCUGGGAAGAGAUUUGUGCAGGCACAAGGCUUGUUUCAUGCCACAACCUAUGUGUUGCUGAUAGCGGCUCCAGCUAAUGUACUGAUGAACUACUUGUUCGUCUGGAAGUACGGCUGGGGUUUCGUAGGGGCCCCAUUGGCGGUGGCGGCGACGCAAAAUAUGCUUCCCCUGCUUCUACUUCUUUAUGUGUGGAAGGUAGAAGGCUCUGAGGCUUGGGGAGGCUUCCGGAAAGCUGCCUUCAGGAACUGGGGCCCAAUGAUCAGGCUGGCACUCCCCGGAAUGGUGAUGGUGGUGGCAGAGUGGUUUGCCUUCGAAAUCCUGACUCUUGCUUCAGGAAGGAUCGGAACAGCCACACUGGCAGCGCAGAGUGUGUUGGUGACGGUAACAUCAACCACGUUUCAAAUCCCGUUCCCAUUGUCCAUUGCGGGUUCAACUCGAGUGGCCAAUUUUAUUGGGGCCCAACUUGUCGAUGCUGCACGAACGGCAGCGAAGGUGACAAUUGCUGGCGGAGUCAUGGUAGGACUGUUCAACUUGACAAUGGUGUCAGUCUUCCGUUACCGCAUCCCGCUGUUGUUCACAAAAGAUAGCGAAGUGAUCGAGAUCGUAGCCCAUACUCUUCCUGUGUGUGCUUUCAUGCAACUGUUCGACGGAAUGGCUGCGGUGUCUCAUGGAUUGCUGAGAGGGAUCGGACGACAAAAGUUCGGUGGCUAUAUCAACUUGCUAUGUUACUAUCUGGUAGCCUUGCCCAUCUCGUUCGGCCUGGGCUUUGGCCUGGACUGGGGGCUCAAGGGGCUUUGGAUCGGCGUCACCCUCGGACUGGGGAUGGUUGCAUUUGCAGAAUAUUGGUUUGCCUGGAGCGUGGACUGGCAUCAAGCGGCCAAAGAGGCCGAACACAGGAAUAGGUCUGGGUGA